CGAGUUUAAGUAGACCGAGUCGAGGACGGAGCUCCGCCGUUCGACGUUUGGAAGUCGAGCUGCUUGGGUCGGUCGAAAGGGCCUUCGUCGAGGAAAGAUGCUUCUUCAGGUCCUGCUCGUCUUCUGCUUCGCCCUCUCCUCGUGCUCCGCUGCCUCGGAGAAGUUGAAGGUUCUCCACGAGUGGAAGUACCUGGACUUCCAGUUCGACUCCGAAGAGCAGCGCAACCGAUACAUCCAAAGCGGGGACUUCCAGAAGAAUGCCUCCAUCGCGAUCGACGUGGACCAGGCCCCAGAUGGAAGGGUCUUCGUCACGAUAGUCAGGCAGAAAGGAGUGCCGGCCAGUCUGGUGACCGUCACCGACCGGAUGGGAGACGGCGGUCCACUUUUGAGGCCGUAUCCUGACUGGAGCUGGGUCAACGGUAGCUGCAAGGGCAUCGUCAACGUGUACAGAAUAUUCAUCGACAGGUGCCAUCAUAUGUGGGUCCUGGACACCGGAGUGUUCGGAAACGACCAAGUGUGCCCGGCCCAGCUCCUUCUCUUUAACCUGAAGAACGAUCAGCUGAUCAAGAGGGUCGUCAUCCCGGACAAAUAUGCCAGGAACGCGAACGGCACGGGUCUGCUGGUCACCCCCGUCGUCCAUUACCAACGACAACCCUGUCGUUCCCCUGCCGUGUUCAUGGCCGACGUGGAAGGUUACGGCCUAGUGAUAUGGGACUCCUUGACCAAAUCGAUAUGGAGAGUCGAGUCGGAGACUUUUCGGCCGACCCCGGGGAAGGAGGAAUUCGUCAUCGCCGGAACCAGGUUCGUACUGGCCGACGGAAUCCUGGGGAUGGCGCUGAACGAAAACGGCACGAAGUACCUCUUCUACAAAGCCCUCGCCUCCGAAUACAUGUACAGAACUCCGGUGCAGAAACUGCUCCAUACGCUUCGCAAGAAGGAGACCCGUUUUCCGUUUGAGCAAAUUUCAGGAAGUCUCCCCAGCCAAUCGGCGGCCCAGGCCUUCUCCAGAGACGACGUCCUGUUUUUCGGCCUGACCGAGAGCACGUCGAUCGGCUGCUGGAACAAGAACAUGGAGCCGAUCGGUUCGCACACGGGGGUGAUCGCCCGGAACAACGAAACCCUCCAAUUCGCCAGCGGGGUCAAAGUGAUCAACACCUGCAUGGCGGAGAAGUUGUGGGUUCUCACGAACCGCUUCCAAAGGUUCUACACCGGUACGAUGAACUUCGACGAGACCAACAUGAGGAUCUUGGUCGGCGACGUUCACCAGCUGAUAGCUGGAACGAUAUGUCAAAGAACCUGAGGGUUCUGUCUCCUCGAUCGCGUCACCUGGAAUUUAAUCCCUUGCCUCCGGGCUCUGUAUCGCGUCUCGAGUACCGACCAGCGGGGGAAAAGUCGUUUUACGCCCGGGGAAAUAUAGUCCUUUAUGGAAA